UUUUGUGAUGACGUCAUCAAACCGUCCAUUCCGAAACGGAUUCAGGGAGACUCAGGUUUGGGAAACUUACCCAAAUUGGUCCCGGGUGGUCCCUAGUUACCCACGCAGGAGGUGACGUCAGUUAUUUCCAUCCGUUUCCAAGUUAUUUAGCCUUAAAUUUAAAAGUGCAAUGCAAUGGCUUCCGUAAUCUUAAUACACUUUCCUUUGACGUCAAUAUUGCUUUAACGUCAAAGUUUGCUAAUUUACAGAACAAAUUUAUAGGCGAUGUUUUAUAGACUUUAUCAAAGAAAUUUUAUCCACUUUGCAAAAGUCACAGACAGAAGCUCCGUAUUAUUAUAAGAGAUAGAUUUUCUUGCCUUUAUUAUAUAAGGAUCGAUCCGUCACAAAUUUGAUAUAACAAGUUAAGAAACUCUUUUUUUUAAGAAAGAAAAAAAAUGUUCUUAAAUUCGUAUGUUAAACUGGAUAAAUUUAUAGCCGAUGAAUUAUAUUUAUUUUGCAUGUUGAUGCGUGAUGGUUUGAGAAAUAUUUUGGAAUAUCCGGUUAAGGAAAUUAAUGUAAUCCAAACAAGGUACUGUGACCUUAAGAAGACUAAGAAGUGCCGUUAAUAAGCUAUUACAAUUUCUAAAUAAACUACGAAAAAGAGCAUUUUCCCUAAUGUCUUAAACCUUCUAGUUAUUGCUGUCAGUAAUGCAAAGGGUAGUGUAAGUGGAGAAGACGCAGAGGAGGAGGAAGCAGAAUCAACAGAAACAACAUCAAGAUCACUGUCGAAAUUAUCACCUAACCCAUCUAUAGAACCGAAAAAUAAAAAUAAUAUUAAAAAAAAUACAUCACAUGCUAAAAAAUAUCAUAAUGGAACUGAAUGGCAUUCACUGUAUCAGAAAAUUAUUCCUCGUAUUAAAAGACAUGUCUCAUUGCAGGAAAAAAAAACUUUCCAAAACAGAAAUGUAACUCAGGAAAAGAAAAAACACGGAAACAAAGCUGAUAAAAUCACAUCUGUAGGUGUGCGUAAAAAAGCAGUAGAAGAAAAUGAGGAAGAAGAGGAGCCUGAUCUAGAGUUUAGCAUCGAUAUGCCAGAAACGACUAUUCAAUCUGGUAAGUCUGUGGCUGCCGUAUGAAUAUAAUAUCAUUUUUUCAUUGAAAACUUUAUUUUGUUGGAUAGAUGAGUAAAUAAAGAUAAACAACAUAGUUUUACCACAUUUAUCUGUUUAAAGUACUUCUUACUUGUUACAUCUUAGGAUUGACAUUCCUACUGACUUAUCAGCUACCAGGAGACACAGAAAAUUGUCUUGAAAAUAAAUUAUGUCUCUGGAUGGCUAAAAACCUUGGAAGCGAUUUUUUCAUUCAAAUAAAGGGAUAUAUUGGCAAGAAAAAAAUAGAAUUAUCCGCCACAAUAAUAAUGGAGGUUAAAUUGGUGGACGAAGAAGACAGUAUGCUUACUCUGACUGACAUUAUGUUUCAAAUAAGAGUUGGUCUAGAUGAUCCUGGUCUGAGACUGGAAUGCAAAUUGAAAUACGAAAGUACAAAAGUGUCAGAAAAUCCACUUAUUUUUAUGGGUAAGAAAAGUAAAAUUUGUUGCUUUCUCUUAAUUAAGAGUAUAAUAUCUUUAGUAACUUGAUAAAAUUUUUUCUGCAUCAACAAAAAAGAUGAAGGAAAAUAAAAGUUGUACAUAGGUUGUAUAUAAUUCAUAAUUCUGAUAUUUACAUUCCAGGUGCGAUUGAAAUUGCGUUUACAGGAUCAAUUAGUUUAGAGUUUGCAAUGGGUGGCAUAAUUGAGCAGCCGUUUGGAAAUGAAAACCUCGCUUUUGGAAACUUAUACCUGUCUGUAGGGUAUUCAUUCGGGCCUGUUCCCUUACCGAGCUUUGAAUUUGCAGCGGAGCUAUGGCUGGGUAAGUUGAUCAAAAAUGAUCCAAAUGAAAACAAUCAUGCUAUCAAAAUCAAAGCAGCUUUUGGUAUUGAUCCCAACAAUCCUAAAGAUUUCUGGGUGUAUGCUCAGUUUAAUGCCCUUACAAUCCAAAAAAUAUGCGACGCGUUCCAGUUAAAAUGUAACAUACCUUCCAGCAUUGGUGAUUCGGGAUUUCCAGAAGGAAUAACUCUGUCGUAUUCUUUGGAAGGUAGGUGUCACAAAAAGACAAAGUUCCCAUUAUAAGAACUCUACUAUUUGGAAAUAUAAUUUUUCUUGAAAGGUAAGUGUAGUGAAUGUCUCACGUGGAAGGA